GCGCAGGGAGGCGGGGCAGGGCGCGGCCCCGAUUGGUGCGUGGGGCUGUCAGUCGGCGCGGGCCGGGCGGCAGUGGCGAUGUGGGCGCGGGAGCUGGCGGUGUCGGCGCCGGGGAAGGUGAUCCUGCACGGGGAGCACGCCGUGGUGCUGGGCAAGGUGGCCCUGGCCGUGGCGCUGGACCUGCGGACGUUUCUCCGCCUGCGGCCCGGCGCUGAGGGCCGGCUGAGCGUCUCCCUGCCCGGCGUCGGCGUCCGGAGGAGCUGGGACACCCCCGGCCUCCGGGCUCUGCGGGGGCGGAUCGCAGCUGACUUUGAUGAAUCCAAGUCCCCCAGCGUAGAACAGCUGGAUGCACUGAGGGAGUUUGCUGGAAUUGCUGCUGGAGCCUCAGCUCCAGAAAGCCUUGCUACUCUUGCCUUCCUGUAUAUGUGCCUGGCUAUUUCUGCUAAGUAUGGGGAUGUUCCCAGCGUGGAUAUCCAGGUGUGGUCGGAGCUGCCCACGGGAGCAGGGCUGGGAUCCAGUGCUGCCUAUGCUGUGUGCCUGGCUGCAGCCCUGCUCAUGGUGUGUGGAGCCAUCUCCUGCCCGCUGCAGGAGGGAGAAUCCACGGCCAGGUGGACAGAAGAAGAGCUGACACUGAUUAACAGCUGGGCCUUCCGAGGGGAGCAGGUGAUCCAUGGCAAUCCCUCGGGUGUGGAUAAUGCUGUUGGCACCUGGGGUGGAGCCCUGAGAUACCAAGCAGGAAAAAUCACACCAUUAAAGAGGGUGCCCACAUUGAGGAUCUUGCUGACCAACACAAAAGUCCCUCGGAGCACCAAGGUCCUGGUGGCUGGUGUAAAGGAGAAGAUCCUGAAGUUCCCUGCCAUAAUGAACCCAGUGCUGGACUCCAUCGAUGCCAUUUCUCAGGAGUGCCAAAGUGUUCUGGAAGCGAUGCCUGCAAAUCCAUCACCAGAGCAUUACCCUGUGCUGGAGGAAUUCUUUGACAUAAACCAACACCACUUAAAUGUGCUUGGAGUGGGCCACCCCUCCCUGGACAGGCUGUGCCAGGUGACAGCAUCCCACAGCCUGCACAGCAAACUCACCGGGGCUGGUGGGGGUGGCUGUGGCAUCACCCUGCUGCCACCAGUGGCCGAGCUGACUCGCUGGCUGCUCUUGCCUUGCUCUUGGCAGACACCUCCCCGCUGGCCGUGGAAGCAGCCAAGCAAGACUUGUGUGCCUGUGGAUUUGAAUGCUGGGAGACCAAGAUCGGGGCCCCCGGGGUGACCCUGCACUCCUGCUCCUCGCUGAGCGCCCGAGUGCUGCACGCGCUCGCCCAGAGCUGAGCUGCUGCCUCUGGCAGGACUGAGCUCCUGGCACUGCGUCCUCGGAGCUUGGAGGAGUUUCCAGAUGCCUGGAAACUUCUUUCUCCUCUUCUGUGUGCCUGAGGGCCUCCAGACGUGGGUAUGGGAGCCAGUUUGGGGCCUGGUGUCACUGGGAUUUGGGACUGUGAUGGGGACCUGGGAGCACCCACCCAGUGGUGUUUGAGCAAGGCUCUCAAAAUCCUGGUUUGAAUUUCCUUCCUCAACUGCUGUGCUAAUCCCGAGGGGCAGGAGGAGAGGGGCUUGGCUGGAUUCUGGGGUGGAUAAUGACACUUUGCUGCUUCAGAUGCAUGUGGUGCCUUCCUCAUCCCUGGAGUCCUGUGGGGGCUGGCAAGGUGGAUGUGCAUGGUGCUUUGACAUUUUUGGGAGAGGAGCAUCUUUGGCAGCUCAGGGCUUGAUGCUCGGGUCUCUGUUUCUUCUGGACCUCAUCCCCAGUGAAGAGGAAACCUUUAAUACAGCUCUUCCCUGCUAUUAAUUAAGUGUUGGGUAAUUAAAAUGCAAGAUAAAGCACAAUUCUAGUGAAAUUACUGGUUUUCACUCUCUUCCAUAAUCUCUGCCUGGGCUGAUAAGCAGAGUCCUGCAGUCAGGCUCUGGUUUUUAUUCACAUGUGCAAGGUCUGGAUCAAACAGCACCUGCAAGGAGGGCAGCUCCAGGCCAAGGACAGGCUUAAAAUUCCUCCUUGUAAAAGCUGUUCUCUCACACUUCAGUCUUGAGCCAGCACGUCCCUGACCCUGCCUGGUGCUGGGUUUACUUUGGUGUAAUUAAAUAGGGGAAAGAAACCUAAACCACGUCCUCAAAAGCUCAGCCAUAAGUUGCAGUUGACAAAUUCUAAAACCUAAAUGCAUUUAGACUUAUUACACAAAUGUAAAUGCAUUUUUUUACUCCUGAAAUUUUAAUAAGCUGUGCCACAGAAUGAAAGGGAAGUGGCUGAGGGCAGAAUCUCUGGGAGUCAUGAGAUGGCUCUGAGGGACUGUGGUCUCUGCUGUACCUGCCAAAGGGGUUUUAUCAUCGCUCUGUUUGUCUGGGGUGGGUUUUUUAAGUGGGUUUUUAAGUGUAGCUGUGUUCAAGAAUCACUUCACUCAAAGCUGAGUAAUGAAUUGGCAGAGGUGGGGAACUUGCCUUCUCCUUCCAGCCCAGGGAUAAAAAAAAUAAACUGUGAGAAGCUGAGAUGUUCUAGCUCUAAACUCCCAGCAUUGUGGUGACCAGCUUUAGUUCCCUGAUCCCAUGUAAAACUGUCUCUGGUUUUAAUAAAUCCAUUGCUUUUUUAUGUGCAAA